AUGGAUUGGCGAUCGUCGCCGCGGGCUGUCUCCUUUUGCUUGCGAAGCAUUAUGGCGUUAAUCGCGGAAAGUGGCCCAAACCGACGGUGGAGUUGCUGCCGUCGAAGGGUAGCGAGGCAGACAACCCGCCAGUGUAUAGCCACGGCAGGCAACUGUUUGUGGUCGAAUUGUAGACGCGGUUUGCUGCUGACGUCGAUCCUUUUAGUGACUUGUCUUGCCCGACCGAUCGUCUGCAGCAGAGAGCGUGAGCUGCACUUGCCGGACUAUGCUGUCCUGUCCCGCGUACGUUCGUUAAAUAACCCCUGCAUGGAGUCGGGUGGUGCCGGUACCACCGCAAACCAGCGCACACCGCCCGAAUCCGGGAGCAGGUUGAAACUGUCCGAGCUUGUGACGCAAAGUGAUGUGAUAUUCAAAGCAUUCGCCGGCCAUGGAAACGACCUGCGGGAUGCGGCUCUCAACUUCUCGAGGAUGACGCCAACGGGAGCGUCAGAACACCGUCAGCACCAGCAGCAGCAUCACCAGCCGCGCUGGAAACCGCAGCCGGUGGACGCAGAUUUUAUCGUACGACUCGAGCCCGGCACCGUCUACAAAGGAAAUGAACUUUUCAAACAGUUGCAACUGAACAGCUGGAAGCAUUAUUUCAUCCUUUGGAGCAAUGGCAGCAUACAGUACACGCAUCGUGAUGUGCCCGUUCAAGGUCAGACGACUGGCGAGAGUUUCAUGCCGACCGGAUCGACGGUGGCCACUACCUACCUAGACGGUUUGGAAGCUGAUGCAUCCGUAUCGAGUCGUUUACAGCGCCGCAGUGUCGAACCAAUCUCGACGGCAAAGCCCACCAAACCAGGUUGCCUGAAUGGUCGACGCCGAAGAAAGCUGAGCGAAAGUACACAGUCAGCUGUUGCGGAAGGCAUCCUCGAUGACUCAUCUUUCGAACGUUCGCAAAGAAACAUAAAUGAAUUCCAAACAGCUCCACCGAUUGGUACGGACAAUUCAAUCCAUCCGGCUGUUCGCAACCUUGACACCGACCGCAACAGUCCAGUGCAGGCUUUCUCGAAUGACGACCACAAGCGCAAAUCCUUGUCUGCUGAUGAACGUGUCAAUUUGCAGCAAAGCACCAGUAGCAACAAGAACACACGGCAGACGGAAGACGAAAUAUCGGAUGAGCGGGCCGUGCCUAAAUCGAUGGGAAAGGAUUUCGAACGCGAGGGUCAGAUUAGCCGCACGCUGAGCGAGAUACUGCCUGUUACACUGAUCGUAUUUGGGCGUCUGGCCACGGGAGGUAACGAUGGUGGUGACGCUGGCACUGAUAAGCUACUGCGAGUGGAUCCGUACGUGGGACUUUUACGAUGGGACGAGCAGCUGGAGGAUGCCCUCUGGCAAGCGCUUGGCUGGAGCGAAUGGAGUGACUACACCAGCUGCAGUGUGGCGUGCGGCGGCGGUGUACAACAACGGUUUCGACAUUGUUUACAGUCGGCACCCUCCGACCGUGCCGGAGCGUCGGCAAUACGUACCGAAUCCAUCGCACCACCGACGGUAGCACCUUCGGUUGCUACCACGCGAAAUCGGCGCAAUGUUUUAAGCAGUGAAAUUGAAAACCCCACUCACGCAGCCACCACCGCACGUACGCAGCCAGUUGCGCUCGGUGCGUUACCAGGCGUCUCCAUUACUCGCACGUCGUACGGGAGUGAUGAUGGCGAUGGGAAACGGAAAAGAAAACUCAAAUCAAAACAAACGAUGGCGUACGAAAAGGAACGAAGAAUGAAGUUCCGGGAAGAGGUUAAUGAAAAGAGCAUAAUAAUGAACCCCUCAACGAGCGAACCCAUUUCAUCAGAAUCGGUGUCCCAAUGGACGCCCACGGUGCAGGGUAGAUCCGUUCCGCCGCACGAACGGAUGGUUAUGGAUGCUGCAGCAAAGACGCAUCAUAAUCGACCAUCGGAUGGGGCUGCUGAUGACGAGGACACGUGGCCUGCCUGCGAGGGUCACAAUAUCGAGCAGCGGAAGUGCAACAUGUUCGAGUGCGCGGGUACAAUUAACCUGUUGCCGGCACUGACACCAAACUACCACUGGAGAGCCUGGGACGAAGCGAUCGACGAUCGAAUCAACUAUCAGAUCAAUCAGCUAGAUCAAAAUUUCACGCUGAUGAUGAGUUUGCGCUUGAAGCACACCAACACUCGGCCGGCCGCCGGAUACAGUGGUCACCUCGGGUACCGCGCGGACGCUGACAUCGGGUCGGAUCCUUCGUCUACGGCUCACCCAACCAGUGGGCACAUUUUUUCCGUACGUUCCAAGCUAACGACCGGGUCAAGUUUGUCGAUAAAUUUCGAAACUGAUGGACACGGCGGAAUACGGGUGUUGCAGGAAAAGUACGGCCUGUCGGAGAUGCUACCGGUGCGGUCGGGCAAACUCACCCUGCGCGACGGUGAUUGGCAUUCGCUGGCACUCAGUGGCCGAAACGGUGGCUUCGUCACGGUCUACAUCGACUGCCAAUGGAUUAAUUCGUUCGUCCUGACGAAGGGCUCGAUCGAGCUGCCCCAGUAUCCAAUCGUGGAGGUUGGUCAAAAUGUUGAACUACGUCAGCUCAUGGUGGUACCGGGUGAGAAAUCGGCCCGGUUACAGUGCAACUCGCAACCGGUUCCGAUACACGACGUAGAAAACCGACGAGUGACGAAUUAUUUUGAGCAUCUCAAUUAGCAUCUGCUGGACUAGCGAUCGGUUAAAAAGGAAGUCUGAUAAGUCGGAACAGAAGGAUUUGGCAGCAGAUACAAGGCACAGUCAAUGUGCGACAACACACCAAACGUCCAAAUAUUCGAUAAAAUAGUGCUUUUUGCUGUAUAAAAUAAACAAUACGAAAGCCUCAUCGGACCCUAUCCUUCUAUGGUGGUCAGAGAGUUGUCUACACUUGCGGGUCAAGCGAAGUGUGGUACUAUUAUUUUAGUUUGAUUGCAUGGAUUGAUUUAUUUCCUUUGUCCAAAGUUCAAAAAACGAGUUCACAGCUGAAAGCUUACAAACGCGGCCUCUUUUGCCAGCAACGAUUUAAAACAAAAACAGAAAGGAAAGCUAAAUGCAGCAGUAUCAACCACAAAACGGGAACGGAAUACAAUAAAUAAAAGUUAAUCAAGA